ACCAGUUCCCUGUUGGUGUGACGUGGGGUGGUACAAUGAAGAGACGAUGGCUGCCUGCAUCAGAGUAAUAUGGAUGAGAUUGACCGUCUUGACAGCCGCUAUUCAUGAUGGUUCUGCUCUCCUAAACUCUUUCUUUGCCAAAACACACUAAUCUCCCUGUUCGUGCCAUCUGCACAGAUCAAGUGUUGUAUUUGCAUCAGACUGCUAGCCCCGUGCUAUGGUUCUACCUAUAUCAACUCUCUUUAAUUGACCUGACGGAUAUCACUCAUAACAUGGCCAUUACACAGUUUCGACUUUUUAAAAUAUGCACCUGCUUGGCAUAUAUCCUUUCAUUCUUGAAAAGACUGAUUUGCAGGACUGGAAGGUCACGCAAACUGAGUGGGGAUCAGAUCACCCUCCCGACCACAGUUGAUUAUUCUUCACCAAAGCAGCCGGAGAUUGAGGAGUGGAGCUCAUGGGAUGAGGAAGCUCCCACGAGUAUCAAAAUUGAAGGUGGUAACGGGAUAGUUCCACCUCCACAGAAUGAAGCUGAAGAGGAAGAGCCGGACUAUUUCAAAGACAUGACUCCCACUAUCAGGAAAACACAAAAAAUUGUCUUGAAGAAAAGGGAACCUCUGAAUUUCUCUAUGCCAGACAGCUCCUCGGGUUUCUCCAGCCGACUAGCCGCCACUCAGGACAUGUCCUUCAUCCAGCCCUCUGCAGAGCUGGGGGACAUGGACACCUGGCAGGGGAACACCAAUGCCUGGGAGGAUGAGGCAGAGGCAUCCUGGGAUGCAGAAGAAGUGCUAAGGCAGCAGAAGUUGGCUGAGAGAGAGAGACGGUCCAUGGAGCAACAGAGGAAGAAAAUUGAGAAAGAGGCACAGAGAAUGAUGAAAAAAGAGCAGAAGAUCGCUGUCAAACUUUCAUAACAUUAAUACAGCGCACUGGACACUCAAAACAACAGCCAAACAACUGUUCAUAUUGCAUUUGACCUUGUUUUAUCCUGCCCUCUACACUGCUGUCUUCAACACUUUGGGAUAUUUUUUUUAGUCCAUCAGCCGUCUUGGGAGAUUUUUUUUUUUGU